CGCCUAAAUCCUUCCCCCCUGUUUCAUUCCCUUCCACCGCGGCAAGGCAACCGUCCUCCUCCCCCACGCCGCGCUCUCCCCCUCCUCAAAGCCCAUUCCGAAACGGCGGCCUCCGCGAACUCGUGACCUUUGCGAGCCCCCGAUAUUUCACGACCCGGCGGCGCCGCGACGCGAGGGGGAGGCGGCGGCGGCGGCGGCUUUAAGCGUCUCUCCGCGCGAUCGCUGCUGGGGCUCUCCAGGAAGAUUUUGGCCGCUGCAGAAAGCUAGUUCAUGAGAUCCACAUUGUUGCGGUUUGUUCUGGAAGUUGCUAUUCUUGAUGGAUGCCCUUAAGAGUGUUGUGAAGAAGGCUGCUCUUGUCGAUGAGACUCUAAGACCACCACUAAUUCCAUCAGAGAAGCACAAUGCUUUCAGCGGGAGAGAUGUUAAAUCCAGGUACAAGUCUGGUCUGGCUGCUGCCACUAAGACAAGGAGAUGUACAUCACCAAGUCUUGGCCGGACGUCUGCAACUGAAGAUAUACCAGGACCCCAAAGGGCACAAUCAGCAGAUAGAGGAAGGCCCUCAACACCUUCAACCCCUUCUUCUAGGGUGUCAACACCCUCAACCCCUACAUCAAGGUCCAUUACCCCUGUCCGCGAUACCAUCACAGGGUUGCGUAAGAGUUCUAAGUGUAUAGUAAGCACAAGGGCUCCUGAUGGCUUGUGGCCAGCGAUGCAGAACUUGUCUUCCUCUUUCCGGUCAGAAUCUGUAGCUGCACCUACUAAUAAAAAAGAUAAAAUAGUCUCUGGCUCAUGUUUGGAUCGUACCAAGGGGAAGGUAAGUGUUCUAACCGAGAGGAAGAAAAGUCCUUUUAGAAGGAAGAACAUUGGUGAACAAUGCGAGAAUGCUCAACCUUCAGAAGAGCCCCCUAAGAGGGUAAUUGAGCAACACUGGUGGCCAGCCAUGAUAAGUAGGCAUAGGCCUACGAAUCUCAUGUCAAGAAGUAUUGACCUUUCCGACAAAGCUACUAGAUCAGUUCCUUUGUCAAAUACUUCAAGAGGCCUUUCACCAAGGAAGAUCCCUGCUUCUGAAGUGGCAAGGAGAUUGGUUAUUCAGGCAAGCAGAAGAGAUGAUGAGGUAGAUUCUGGUAAUAAUAUUCAUUCACAUACAACACAGAGAUCUAAAUCUGUGAGCCGGCCAAACAGAACUGUUACUUUCCCUGUUCCAGUUCUACAUCGUCCAUCAUCACCCAGCAAGGUGUUGUCAACUGCAUCCUCAUCUUCCAGGACCUUUCAGAGCCCAUCUCGGACAAGGCCUUCAACACCCUGUCGGUCACAAAGUGCUGGAACUAUUCAAUCAGGUGUUACAUCUCCUGUUACUAACUACAUGGUUGAUGUGAAAAAGGUAAAGAAGAAUGCCAGCCAAAUUGAAAACAUCCACCAACUGCGUCUAUUGUACAAUAGAUACUUGCAGUGGCUCUUUAUAAAUGCUCGUGCAGGAGACAUUCUAUCAUUUCAAAAGACCACAGUUGAGAGUACUAUUUAUAAUGUUUGGAGGAAUACCUUAAACUUGUGGGAUGCUGUUAAUGUUAGAAGAAUCAUGGUGCAACACCUUCAGCAAGAAUUGAGGCUGUACAACAUUCUGAAAGAGCAGAUUGUGUAUCUUGAACAAUGGCCAGCACUUGAAAGAGAGAAUAGUAUCUCUUUAUGUGGAGCAACUGAGGCUCUUAAAGCAAGCACACUGCGCCUGCCAGUUACAUCGGGAGCAAAGGCUGAUGUAAUUGCUCUUAGGAAUGCUGUAAGCUCAGCUAUUGAUGUCAUGCAAGGUUUGGGUUCAUCUGUUUGCUGCAUGGAUUCAAAGGUUGUGGAUAGGACAUCUUUGGUUUCAGAACUUUCUGUCAUAGCAGGACAAGAAAAGGUCACGCUCGAUGAAUGCAGAGAACUCUUAGCUGUGGCUGCAAAACUGCAGGUGCAGGAGUCUAGCCUACGGACACAUCUUAUGCAGCAAAGACACUGACUUGUUGAUAUGAAUUAACAAGCCGAGCAAGGUCUGGAUAUCCCAGACCAUGCUUUCAAACAGGUACAACUGUGCAGCUUGAACCUGCAAACUACAAGAACAUAUCAUGCAAACAGAAAAGGAAUCUGUAGAGAGAAAUAAUAAAGAACAACCAAAUGUUAAACAUCCCUUGGAGAUCAUGGUGUGAUGCUGCGCAGCUAACUACUCCCAGUGCAUAGAGAUGAUAGGUUUACUUAAAGGUCUCAUCAUAUGUAAAUGGUUUUCACCAUAUAGUGCACUCCCAGCCUCCUUUAGUUUUUUUUCUCAUUUCAUUCGCUGUAUAGAGCCCUCUUCUUUUCCAUUGUAUUUUUUGACAUUUUGCAAGAAAAUACACAGUUGAAAUUGAUGGGCUGA